UGUGUGCGAGCGCAGGCGAGGAGGGGGCUCGCUUAGCACCCGGAGGCCCUGCUCGCAGGUCCCGGGGUCCCGGUGGCGGCCGGAGCGCUCGGUCCGCAGGCGGCCGGUGGGUGGACCCCUCUCGCCCCACGCGCGCGCCGGCCUUACCCCCGGCCACCCUCCUCGGCUCCCGCUCGGCGGCGGUUCCUCUCCUUCCCCCAGCCCUGGCUCCGGGGGACCCCGCGAUGCCGGUUCGCACCGAGUGUCCCCCGCCGGCCGGUGCCUCGGCCGCCUCCGCCGCCUCGCUCAUCCCGCCGCCGCCCAUCAACACGCAGCAGCCCGGUGUGGCCACCAGCCUGCUCUACAGCGGCUCUAAGUUCCGCGGCCACCAGAAGAGCAAGGGUAACUCGUACGACGUGGAGGUGGUGCUGCAGCACGUGGACACGGGGAACUCGUACCUCUGUGGGUAUCUGAAGAUCAAAGGACUUACUGAGGAGUAUCCAACCCUCACGACCUUCUUUGAAGGAGAAAUAAUCAGCAAAAAGCACCCUUUCUUAACCCGAAAGUGGGAUGCAGAUGAGGAUGUUGACCGGAAGCACUGGGGCAAGUUUCUGGCUUUUUAUCAGUAUGCAAAAUCGUUUAAUUCAGACGACUUUGAUUACGAAGAGCUGAAGAGUGGGGACUAUGUCUUCAUGAGGUGGAAGGAGCAGUUCCUGGUCCCGGACCACACGAUCAAGGACAUCAGCGGUGCUUCCUUUGCCGGCUUUUACUACAUCUGCUUCCAGAAGUCAGCAGCCUCUAUAGAGGGCUACUAUUACCACAGGAGCUCGGAAUGGUAUCAGUCGCUCAAUCUCACUCAUGUUCCAGAACACAGCGCGCCCAUCUACGAAUUCCGGUGACAGCGGUCCGGGACAGCAACCAAAUAAACUGAACUUGGCAAAAAAGAACUUUGCCAAGAAAACUGUGUACCUGCCAGAACCAGGAGAACGUGUGUUCCUGUUUCUUCACGAGCAGACUCGCAUCAGAAAGCAUGAAUGUCAACCCACGGCAUCCGAGGAGUGUGGCCGACCGGCAAGGGCAGGUGGAGGGCAGCCUCGGUUCCUCUUCCCUCUCUGUGGCAGUUUGGUCUUAAGCUGUUUUUAAGCUACCGUAAAUGCACUUUUCCUUCUGCA